CCGACAGUUGACGAAAGUCAUCGGAAGUGAACGAAAAGAAAUUGUGAAAGAAAAAAAACCAACAAGUAUAAAUAGUUUUAUUUUUAUUACCACUUGUAACAAUAAAAUUAUUUAAAUAAUAAUAAUAAUUUGUGUCAAUUAUAUCAUUGAUACAAUUGAAAAAAAAAAAUAAAUAAAAUAAAAAGAAUUAUUGAGUUACAAUGCAAUUUGUUUUAUGUGGCUUUUAUACAUAUCUCUGAACAAAUAAAAAAUAAAAAUUGAUUACAGUCAUCAACGUGGAUGUAUUUUGAUUGAUAAAAAAUAAAAAAAAAAAAAUUAAAUCAGUGUACAGAGUGACAACAAACAUUGUUAUUAUUUGGCUAUUAACAUAAAUUUUAUGUAGAAAAAAAAUUUUUUUUAAUCUAGUUAAUUAUAAAAAACAAAAUUUAAAAAAAUUAUGACGAGCAAUAUGGAAACACCUGAUCAUCAAUUAGAAGAACAAUCAAAUUUAAAUGUUGAAACAGCAAACAAUAACAAGAGUAAAAUUCAAUCUUAUGUUAAAAGACGUCUACCAAUUUUGACGUGGCUUCCUGGUUAUCAUGUGUCGUGGCUAUUUCAAGAUGUUCUUGCUGGAAUAACAGUUGGACUAACUGCAGUACCACAAGGUAUCGCUUACGGUGUAGUUGCUGGUUUGAAACCAUCAUAUGGAUUGUACUCGUCAUUUAUGAGUAGUUUUAUUUACAUAUUUUUUGGAUCAUGUAAAAAUAUAACAAUUGGUCCAACAGCAAUAAUGUCAUUAAUGGUUGAACCACUUGUUUCAAAAUAUGGUCCAGAAAUGGCUGUGUUAAUUUGUUUCCUCAAAGGAUGCAUUAUUGGACUUUUUGGAAUAUUUCAUUUGGGUUUUUUACUUGAUUUUAUAUCAUUACCAGUUAUAACUGGAUUUACAACAGCAGCAUCAAUAAAUAUUGCAACAUCACAAUUAAAAUCAUUACUUGGUAUAAGUGGUAAAAGUGAAGAUUUAGUUGGUACAUUUAAAUCUAUUUUUAAAAAUAUUGAAAAUAUUAACAAGUGGGAUGUAUUACUUGGAACAUUUACAAUUAUUGUACUAAUUUUAUUAAAAAAUAUACCAAAUAAAAUAAAUGGCACAGUGUUACAAAAAGCUGGAUGGAUAUUAACAUUAGCACGUAAUUCGUUGGUUGUGAUAUUUGGCAUUUUGUUGGCUUAUAUUUUAAACAUAAAUGGCCUUAAACCAUUCACACUUACAGCCAGUUCAAUGGAUGAAGGACUACCACAUAUUUCAUUUCCACCAUUUUCAAUGAAUGAUUCAAAAAAUCAAAGUAUAACAUAUGGUUUUACAGAUAUGAUACAAAAUAUGGGUAUAACAUUAUUUACAAUUCCUGUUAUUUCGACAAUUGAACACAUGGCAAUUGCAAAAGCAUUUGCAAGUGGUAAGAGUCUCGAUGCCACCCAAGAAAUGUUGGCACUGGGGAUUUGCAAUGUCUUUGGCUCAUUUGUCAGUUCAAUGCCGGUCACGGGAUCUUUUACAAGAACCGCUGUAAAUCAUUCGUCUGGUGUUAGGACACCCCUUGGAGGAAUUUUUACUGGUGGUCUUGUUUUGCUCGCUGCUGGAUUUCUCACUCAAACAUUUCAAUUUAUUCCAAAAGCAACUUUAGCUGGUUUGAUUAUAUCGGCAAUGUACUACAUGUUGGAUUUUCAAAUUUUUAAGCUUUUUUGGACUGCAAAAAAAAUAGAUUUUUUCAUAAUGCUAAUGACACUUGUCACUUGCAUUUUUGCUGGCCUUGAAAAAGGAAUAGUUUUUGGGAUAAUAAUGAACCUCAUAAUACUACUGUCAUUCACAGUCAAACCAUCAAUCAAAAUAUCUAUUGAAAAGAUCAAUGAAAAAACUGUUGUUUACGUUACCCCAGAGGAAACAGUUACUUAUCCAGCAGCUGAAAAACUUCGUGCAAAUAUAAUGAAGCUUUCGGAAGAUAGUACUGGUAAUGUGAUUCUUGACUGUAAGAAUUUAAAACGCAUCGACGUCACAGUAGUCAAGAAUAUGAAUUUACUUGCUAAUGAUUUAAAACUACGAAAUUUACAAUUUAUAUUUAUAAAUUCUAAAAAUAAUGUGACACAUGUUUUUAACACAAUUGCACCUGAAAUUAAAUCAUCAUUCAAUCAACAAAUUAAUUUUUAGAUAAAAAUUUUUUAAUUAUUUAUUACAAUUAGAGUUGGAUACU